AUGAGGUAUGGGAGGAAGGGGAAUUUAAGUUUGAGGUAUGUUGGGCCAUAUGAGGUCCUACAGCAUGUGGGUAAGGUGGCUUAUAAGUUGGCAUUGCCUGCAGAGCUAGAUUUAGCUCAUCCAGUCCUUCAUGUGUCCAUGUUGAAGAAGUGCCUGGGUGAUCCAGCACCGAUUCUACUUGUUGAAGGUUUAGGGGUUGAUGAAGACUUGUCCUAUGAGGAGAUACCUGUUGAGAUUCUAGACAGACAGGUGAAGCGGUUGAGGAACAAAAAGGUUGCUACAGUGAAGGUAUUGUGGAGGAACCAUCUUGUUGAGGGUGCUACAUGGGAGGCAGAGGCUGAUAUGAGAUCCCGUUAUCCCCAUCUGUUCAGCUCUUGA